AUGGUCAACAUCGCUUCUGUUUAUGGAGAAUGGGUGAGAAAGGACAAUAUGGCGUCGGUUUUUGAGGUUGACUAUCGCAAAGGAGGGAGAAUGUUCUGUUUGAGGGAUGGAUGUACACAUGAUGAGCUUGUUCAAAUGGCCUUAGAUGAUUAUUCGGUGAACAAGCACGGACUGGAGUUAUCAUAUUCAUUACCAGAACUAUUCGUGCAGCAAACUCCUUCAAUUGAUUCUCCGCCUGUGUAUGUCACAAACGACAGACAAGUCUAUAGCUUGAUCGAGCUAAGUCGAACACAUGUUGUACGGCUUUGUGUCUCUAGCCAUGGGAAUGCUGAUGUGGAAGAUAAUGUACAUGGACGUAAGAGUGAAAACCAUGAUGAUGAGUUCUCUGAUGAUUGUGAUGAAGACUGGGCCGCGGACCCAGAUGAAGUGUCGAAAGGAGGAGAAGAUGCGGCUUGUGAUGAGGGUGAUGACAAGAAAGAUCCUCAUCAAAUCGAUGAUGAUACCCACGCGGACUAUAGUCAGUAUGGGAAAGUGGAAGAUGAAGACGAGCGUGAGACAAAGAUUCCUUUCGAUGAUCCCCGUCUUAGAGGGCGUGGUCAACGCAAACGAAUGGAUAAUUGGGAAGACAAUCUUUACGAGCACCAGAGUUUUGAUAGCAAGGAAGAACUAAUGUCGGAGUUGCGUUUGACGGCGGUGAUGACAAGAUUUACAUUCAGAGUAGCUACGUCUACAACAAAACUGCUUGUGGCCAAAUGCAAAGUGGCUGGAUGUGCAUGGAUGGUUAGAGCGGCUGUCAAGAACGAAGCCACCACGUUUUGGGUGACUAAGUACUCGAAGUGGCAUACAUGUUCUGUGUCUGACCGAGUAAGCAAGCAUACACGUUCCAGCUCGAAGUAUAUUGGGAAGCUAUUUAUCGAGCGAGUUGGAAUCAUCGAUGGUAUUGUGCCGCAACACAUCAGAGCUCUUAAACACGCACAAGAGUUGGUUUGGGGAACAGCAAAACAAGGUUACGCUAAUCUGCCUGCUUACUUGGAAAGAAUUAAGGAAGCGAACCCUGGAAGUGUUACUGAUCUUGUGCGUGACCUAGACGACCGUUUCAAGUACUGUUUCUUAUCAUUUGGAGCUUCAAUAGCUGGUUUUCAGUACUUGAGAAGAGUCAUUGUGGUGGAUGAGACUCAUUUAACAGGGACAUAUGGGGGAGUUCUAUUUGUCGCCGCCGGACAGGACGGGUACUUUCAAAUAUUCCCCUUAGCUCUUGCAAUUGUCGACGCUGAGGACAGCGAAUCAUGGGAGUGGUUUUUCAACAAGCUCCGAGAUUGCUUUAUGCAGCAUCCGCCAAUGGUCAUAGUGUCUGACCGAGCCAAGGCCAUUGCUAGAGCAUGUGAGAUCGUGUUUCCUUGGGCACUAAGAGGAAUAUGUUACUAUCAUCUCCAAGGUAACAUAACCAAGGAUUUCCAUGCAAAAGAGAUCAUGUAUAUGGUUAAGGGUGCAGCUUACGCUCAUACAGUUCCUGAGUAUAACCGCUACAUGGACUUCAUUCGAGCUGCAAAACCUGAGUUGGCAACUUACCUAGAGGAAGCAGAUCCGAAAUUGUGGUCUAGAGUUCAUUUUCCCGGUGAUAGAUACAACAUAAAGACGAGUAACAUCGCCAAAUCAAUUAACUCGGCUGUUCAGAAGGCAAAAGGAUAUCCCAUUCCAAAGCUUUUGGAAUUUAUAAGGGAGAAGCUUGGGAGAUGGUUUACCAAGAGGCGUGAGGAUGCUAUGAGUCUCACAACUACCCACAGCAGAGGAGUUGAGUACAUUUUAGCUGUGCGUUCAGAUUAUGCGGCAAGUAUGACCGCUGAACGCAUAGACACUUGGUGUUAUCACAUAACGGGAGGAAAACGUGAUUGCAAUGUCGACUUGUUCCGCAGAACGUGCUCUUGUGGGGUGUAUGAUGUUGAGAAAAUUCCUUGUACUCAUGUCAUUGCAGCCGCAGCCGCAUCAAACGUACUAAUGUCCCAUUACGUGUGCGAUUCUCAUUCUAAACUUUGCUUGUAUUCAACCUGUGCACAUCUGAUCUAUCCUAAGGCGGGAUCUGACUCACACGUAAAGAAACAACCGUGUUUGAUUCCAGUUGAAAAGGUCCCUCCUGGUAGGAAGAAGAAGUCGAGGUGGCUAACUUGGCUAGAAAUGUCGAGGAAGAAAAACAAUAAACCGAGGAAGAUGCACAAGAAGUACAGCUGCUCUAAGUGUGGGGAAGCAGGACAUACUCGCCCAAAAUGCGUCGCAGAAGACUGA